GUUCAAGGACGUCAUUAUUUUGAUCAUGCGCAUAUUCAGACUGAGACUGAUCGAAGACAACAGGUCGAAGAUUUGGCCAGAGGAGAUGGUGAAUGACCAGUUGUUAUGGUAACGCACGAAGAGUGAUACACGACAGUAACCAUGGCUACAGGCAGUCCUUCAGAUCAAGAGGACUGUAACGAUUUGUCAGGUGGCGGGGAAGCUGACUCCCAGUUUGAGGUAUCCCACUCUCCUCCUGUACAUUGUGAUGAAGAUAAUCCAAAAUCAAGCCUUGAUUUCUCCAUGAUCAGCAGUGGAAGUUCAAGUUUUGAAAUCUUAACGACCAGCACAACUGCGAGUAUGGAGAUUCAACCUCAGGAUUUUGAUACACAGAAAUCUCAAGUGUCUGACCAAAGUGGGUUGGAAAAUGAAGAUUUGGAAAAGCUGAAAGAUGUGACGGACAAAGAAUCUUGUAAAACUUUGUCAGAAUCUGUGGGAGCAAAUCUAGUAAAGGAUGAAGAGGAUGAAGAACCAUCUCAGAUAAAGCAUGUAUCAUUAGACGGAAGUUUAGUUGUUCUUAGCCAAGAUGAUAUUCAUAAUUCAGUGUCUGAAGUGGGAGAAAGUACUGAAAUUGAGAACAAACAUGGUUUGUCAGAAAACAAAACAACAUCUGAGAUGAACGAUGAGGAUGGCCAUCUCGCUGACGAGAUGGAAACAAGAGAGAGAUCACUUGGUGAAAGUCUUGUUGUGCUUGGACCCGAAGACUUUGACAACUCCUUGUCGUCAGAGGUCAACCCCCAGCAUAUCACUGACAGAAUGAUCGCUGGUCUGGUAAAUUCCACAGACGAUCUGUCACAUGGUGAGGAUGAACAUCUGAAAAAUGUUGAAAAGACAUCAGAAUUGACACGGAGCGGAAAUCAGGAGGAGUCUAUCAUAAUGAAAGAAAAAACAGAAACACCUCCAAUGAAAGAUGAUUUCAUUGAUGUAAAAGACAAAAAGUUGGAUGUGUCCAUAGUUGAUAUUCCUUAUACCGAAUCAACGGAUACAGCAAGACCGGAUUCAACACAGCACCAGAAUGGAGAGAUCAAUGGGCAAAAAGACAGUUUGAGAAAACAAGGUAAAAAUGGUGAAUUUGACAAGGACGAUUGCAAAAGAGUAGACUCUCAUAUUGUUACUGCUAAGGACGAGGAAGAUGGCGAAAAUACCGUACCUUCGGUGUCAAAGAAAGAGGAUUCAGUUUCACCUGUAACAGACAGCACACUACCAGAGAAGCUUGACAACGCAAUUCCUGAGUGUGGACCGCAAGAUAACAGCUUGAUCGGACUGGAACCACCGGGUGAAAUUGCAGUUACAGUUGAGGUCAGCACGUCUGACGUUUCCACUUCUUACAGCCAGGAAGUCAGGACAAACAUUGACAGUAAUGUACAACAAAUCCACAUUCCCGAACACAUGAACAAACCAGAAAGUAUAGAAGAAAAAAGUAAGGAUUCAUCCUUGAGUGAGAGUUUGGUAGUGAUAGAAAGGGAUGAAGUAGUAAAUGCUUUACAAGAAGAGGCAUCUGAAAGGGACCCGUUCGGUGCCGACCAAGAAGAUGAUUCAAAAGAGCAUUCAUAUACAUCAACAGGAGAGUUGAAUUUAAUUCCAGUGAAAGAAGGAAGAUUAGACACCAUUGAGAGCGGCUCUUCUGAAUCCAAAUACAAGAGAACAGGUAAAACAGAUGGUCAACCACCAGUAGAACUGACACACAAAGUUAUCGGGAGUAUAUUAGAAUCUAUGCCCAGCCUUCAGAUGCUCGACAUGAACGAACAAGCUUCCGGUGGAUAUCAUCGCAAUGAUGUGGAAGAUGACAAAGAUGCGUUGGAACUUUCUGUAAACGCUGGCAAUUAUCAACGUAACAAAAGGUUUGAGGGAUCAGGUUACUCAACAGACAGCUUUUGCGUUUUAUCUGAUUCAAUGUCAGAAAGUUUCCAAAAUUCUGAGACAAAAGUAAAAGAAUUACAGUCGAACUUCAUCUUCACUGGUGCGGAUCUACCGGUAGUAGAAAACUUUGUUGGUGUCGAGGGAGUUAGUGGAGGAGAUGAUGCAAUCGGUUUACAUUACACAAAUGACACCAGAAACAUGGCCGAAAAGGAUGCAGGAAACACGACCGAAAAUGAAAAUGAUCCACUGAAUAUCCAAUGCGAUUAUAUCGCUGGAAAAACAAAUGAAACUGAAGGGUACCUGAUGGAUCCACAUAGACUUCCUCUGGCGAAUAAUCCUCAAACGAAAGAUGGAACAAAACAAGGCACAAUAUCGAGUUAUGGUGCAUCAUUGGACAGAAUGGCAAAAGUAUCAACAAAGUCUGAAAACGAGGAAGAAAAUGACUCUUCCGAUGAUGAAGAGAAUGUCGCAGGACGGAUAUUGUAUGAGACAAGUGAAUCCGAUUACCCCAACGACAUUAUUGAAAAGGAAAGAAGCUUCGACUACCAAUUUCCGUCAUUGUCUUCUGUAGGUUAUGUUUCGGUAAGCAGUUUUGAGGUCAAAGAUGGAAAAGGCGCAUCAAAAUAUUUAGAAAGUUCAUUCCAAGGAGCUAGUGAGGAAUCUAUGGAGCAUUCAACAAAUGAAUCAAAAGCUGACUCCGACAAAUCUGGCAGAAACACUGUGUCUACCUUGGAUGUAAAUGGACAGGUGAUGAAAAGGGAAUCUGGGUUAGGAAGGGAAGAAAACGAGUUAUCCGGAUUAGAAGAUGCCAGCCAAAUAUGUAGAUCAUCCAGCUUACAAGAUCAUGGGGAUUUGGAGGUAGAUUUAGAGGCUGAUGGGCAGGACGAAAACGACUUUUCCGAUGAUGAAGAGAAUGUCGCAGGACGGAAAUUGUAUGAGACAAGUGAAUCUGAUUACCCCAACGACAUUAUUGAAAAGAGAGGAAGAAGUUUUGACUACCAACUUCCGUCAUUGUCCUCCGUAGGUAAUGUUUCGAUAAGCAGUUUUGAGGUCAUAUAUGGAAAAGGCGGAUCAAAAUAUUUAGAAAGUUCAUUCCAAGGAGCUAGUGAGGAAUCUAUGGAGCAUUCAACAAAUGAAUCAAAAGCUGACUCCGACAAAUCUGGCAGAAACACUGUGUCUACCUUGGAUGUAAAUGGGCAGCUGAUGAAAGGAGAUGAACAGAAAAACGUAAAGGAAUCUGGGUUAGGAAGGGAAGAAAACGAGUCAUCCGGAUUCAAAGAUGCAAGCCAAAUAUGUAGAUCACCCAGCUUACAAGAUCAUGGGGAUUUCGAGGUACAUGUAGAGGCUGAUAGGCAGGAAGAAAAUGACAUGACAGCGUCUGUACCAGCCAAUGAGCAUGAUGAUGAACCAAAUGCUAGUACUUUUAGGACAGAGAAACUUCAACUACUCCAACAAAACGAUCCAAAUCGUACCGAAAAAGUUGCAGCAAACCUAGAGCGCGAAAACAUGUUAGAUGGUAUGAAGAAAGCCGAUGAAGGAAUUCUUGACGUAAGUCAUCACCAAAGCGGAGAGGAAAAAGAAAAGGAAGAAGAAGCAAGCAUGAUGCAAGGUUUUCCUGCAGAACAUCAUGACAAAGAAAACAAUCCUGAGGCAAGGAUAGUACUGAAGGAAUCGGUACUGACAAAAUACAGACCCAGACAUUCGACAGAUGCAACAAACUACACUGUUGAUGAACCUGUUGAGACAGGCUAUGUACCAUUGUCUUUAAAUCAUAAAAAUGGUGAAGAAGACAAAGUUGAAUUAACAAAGGACCUUACUUCACUGGAAGACCUUGAUUUGUUGAAAGCCGCGCAAGACCAAGCAAUGGUUAGCGAAGCUCGUAAAAACUUAACAGAUGAGCGAACCGCACUUUACGAGCAGCAUGAUACAAAGUCUGAUGCGGGACAAAUAGCAGCAACACCUGACACAAGUGAACUAGAAGCGUGGAAUAAUUUAGAUACCCCAAAGGAACAAGACCUGAUUAACCAUGAGUUAAAUGGACCUAAUAUAAUUUUCCAGAACGCAUCGUCAUCAGAGGCAGACAAAGAAAAUGACGUCAUUCACCAGGGGGAAGAGCCUGGCUAUAUGAACAGAAAGGCUUAUAAUGACGAAACUGGAACACCAAGUAUGGAAAGUAACCAGGAAAACCAGCAAAUUCAACCAUCAGCUUCUGAACUCAAGGAGCAAACCUAUGAUCAGGAAGAGGAGGAAGAUGAUACCACUCUGACGAUGGAAUCAACAGAGAACGCUUCUCAAGCUCAAUCAGAAAAUGAGAUGGAAACAGAAGCAGGGAAAGAAGCAGAAAACAACAAGGCAACACUUGAAUGGUACAAUGAGCCUGUCUCAAUAUAUGUCUUACGGGAAUGGGUAGAGUACGAAGACCAGAAACACAAAGUGCGAAAGGACCAACAACCCAUUACAAAAGAUUGGAUUACUAUUGAAAAAGUGAAAUUUUUGUUCCUCAACUUUCGUUUGUCCGAACUCUUAAAAACUAAACUUCCCAGUGACACUUCUGUCUCAUAUGAUGACUUAAGACGACACAUGCACAUUUCAAACAACGGACCGCCGUUCAGGUCAGACGAAGAAUAUCGCAAAUGGUGGCUGGAAACAAUACAGGGAGUAUUUCUAACAGUUGACACAAUAUCAGCAUAUUUGUGCAACCUGGACAACAUAACAAGGGAGGCAUCUAUUGAAUCUUUCAAAAAAUUACCUUAUGCAAAUGUCAGAGUCAUACCCACAGAGAUUCCUGAAACGUUCCUGGUUUUAGGAACUGCAAAUGUCGGAAGCAUAUUGUACAACAUUCAAAGUCUCGAUGACCAUCACCAGCUAGUGAAAAAAAAAUGCAUGACAGAGGUAAGGGUAAAUCGAAUGUCUGAGCAGUGGACACGAUGGUGCAGGCAUCUCGCAGAAGAUGAAGACAGGUUAGAGGAGGCUGGUAUCCUUGACAUCUUCACAAAUGAGGAUGAUGGUCACUGUUACGUCAACGUUGAAAAGCACAACCAGCUGGACAUAGAGAAUGUCCUUGAAAGGUCAUCUCAACAGUCAACAACCACUCUUGAAGAUGGAGAGUACAAGCUGUUGUCACGGGGCGAUGUAAAGAAAUACAUAGAUGAUAACAAGCUGAGUGACAUCACUAAUCACUGGAGGGUGAGGGAAGAUAUGAAUUCUCACAAGCUGAUUGUACUAGCUGAUAACCGGGAGAUUGCUGAGGAGGUGACCAUUUUGAUCAAGUCCAGUGUGAAGAGAAUUGACCUCAAGAGACAGGGAACAGAACAUCAUAAAAAGCUUCAAGUGAUUGCAAGGCAGUGUGGAGGGAAACUAUACUGGUUGGCUGAUGAGGCAACACGAAUGAUAAAUGUUUUUAUCACCGAUGACAUUUUAGAACAAGUUCAAGGAGCUAUCGAAGAAUUAUUGGGUGGAAGGAAAUCGGCAUCAAUCAAGGGGAAAGCUGUUACAAAAAAUGUCCAUUUAGAUGAAUAUGACCGAAUCAAAUUCUUGGACAAAUAUGUGAGAGAUAGCAUUUUGCAACUGAGAAAUGCUUUGAAAGUGACUGUGUCAUUCCAAAAUAUUGCCCCUGACCAGACUAUCAUCAAAAUAAGCGGAGAGGAAGAGUGCGUACAAGCAGCGCAUACCGAAAUACAGACCAUGGUGGAUGACAUCAAGUCAUUUCAGCAUCCGAAUGUGGAAUUAUUUGUCCCAGACAUUCUUAUAGACAAGGUCAGGGACCUCGAAAACGUGAACAGAUGUGUGAUCGCCACCCACUUUGCAGACACUGAUGAGUCGGAUGAUGAACAGUUGACCUUUGACAAUUUCACCAACAGAAAGACUGUCAUUCCAACAAAAUGGUGGACUUGUGGACAGGCUAGGAUAGGGCUUGCCAUGGGCCCAGUGAGCAGUGUGGAGGCGAACACUAUUGUAAACAUGAUGCCGAGGCAAUCACAAACUGCAGAAUCCACCUGGAAACCAACCAUUUUCGUUCCACAUGCUGACGAAGGGAAGGCAAAACAUGACUUGUCUGCCUCUUUCAAGCUUUUGUUUGAACAGUUGUCAAGAAAGGGAGAUAACUCAGUUGCUAUUGAUCUACGUCACUGCUGUGAUUGGUCAUUUCAAAAGUUCCUCAAAGUGACAUUACAGGCCAUAAAGGAGCUUUGGAGCCCUUCUGGACCAGAUCUUGGUGCGAUGGACAUUGUACUGGCUGUUCCAACUGACGAGGUAUUCCAAUCGGCCAGUGCAACGAUCAUUCCGGUUUUUCAAGAGCCUUUGGGUUUACCAAUGAGGAUGGUGCAAGAUCGUCCACAAGUUUUGGUGAUAAAAGGCGAUAUCACAAAAGAACAGACUGAUGUCAUUGUGAACACUGCUCAAAAAGAUUUAGACCUUUCCCAUGGUGCUGUUUCUAAAGCGUUGGCCAGUAGAGCAGGGUCACAAUUACAACGGGAGUGUAAGAAAAGUUAUCCAAAAGGCCUGAGGUUUGGUCAACUGGCUAUAACUGGCGGACACAUGCUUGAUUGCCAACACAUAUUCCAUGGUGCUUUUGACUUAUGGCCAUGGAACAAACGCGAUCAAAAACAGGCAAAAGAGAUCCUAGGGAAGUUUGUGACAGAAUGCCUUGAAAAAGCAGAUGAAUUACGCAUGUCGUCAAUAUCGUUUCCUGCCGUUGGGACGGGUAACUUGGGCUAUCCUGCCUCUGUGGUUGCAGAGGAGAUGCUGAAGAGAAUUUGGUGUUUCAUGAAGAAUUCUAAACUAAGUUAUCUGAAGAAAGUCAGAAUAGUCAUCUAUCCUACCGACAAAUCAACUUUUAAAAAAUUCAUGGAAGAAAAUUCAGAUGCAGUUGAUGGAUCCUCCGUUGACCCGGAACCAAAGAGUCGGCUUGCCACGAUCAGAAAACAAGAUAGACACCAACAUAAAGUCCACUUUAGAGUCGCAUGCAGUGCGGCUGAUCAGAUGAUUCUGGUGAGAAAAAUUGAUGCUAUCCUGAGUGAUGCACUACCUAAACUAGCUUCAAGCCAUGACAAAUAUUACUAUGCUACCGAUGAUCUGGAGCCUGAAUCAUCACAAAGAAGAAGAACCGAAGCUAGUUCCCAGAGAUCUGGCGACGAGCCCAAUGAAGAUUUGGAUGCAACCCUCAAAGGCAACAGAAGCGAAACAGCAGCCCUACAUUAUGUGAACGUGACUUCAGAUGUAGGGUGUUGUGUCAUCGUGCGAGGCGCACACACAACAUUGGACAGAACAGUUGUGUGGAACUGGCUAGAAAGCGAUGUUGGAGUCACACCAGUCGGCAUAGCAUGGCCGUAUAGAUACAACGUCUGUGAGGCGCUUGUCACCUGUGCAAGUACAUCAGAUGCUGAGAAAGUUCUGAGGCGACAAAGUGUUGACUUCAAGGCUACAACAUUGGAGAUACAGAUAUUGUUCAACGUUCGUGCAUCUAUAGACCCACAAUUUUCAAGCGACAAGCGUGAAAUACGAGAGAAUAGUGGAGUCACUGUGGAUGCUGAUAGUUCGGGAAUAUGUCAGUUAGUUGGAAAUUUACCCCAGAUCGAGGCUGCGAACGAAUUCAUCGUCUCAAAGCUUAGAGGACACCCGAGAAACUCUGUCAGAAAAAACGCUUCUUCAAACGAUCUCUCCGUUGAUGGAAUCACCAAAGACGUUUACAACGCUUUCUCAUUUUUCUUCCAAUGUGAUCCAAGUUACAACCGAUACAAGGACUGCAUGAACAGUAUGAAAUACUCGGAAGUGGACAGAACGAUGCGCUUCGAUGGAAGAGUAGAAUUAGGCGUGGAGUUCCAAAGGAAACUUGCAAAAAUGAAAACUGAUAUUACGUGUGACCAAAUCGAUGUAGAGGGCCGACAUUUUAAAGUGGAAGAGGUGAAAAGAAUCCUGAUUAGCAUCUUAGACAGCCAGUGUGAUGUUCACGUCAGCAUACCCCAGGAAGACACGACGUCAACUCAGGAAAUGAAAGUCAUCAAUCUCAUUGGACUAGAUAGGAACAAGGUGCAAGCCAUGAAAUAUCAGGUAUUGGAAUCAAUAGGAAUGACAAAUAGCAGACGAAACAGGCGAUUCGACGUUCCAUCAUUUUUAGCAUCCCGCAAACCCGACCCACUGCCAAUAUUGCCGCCGCCACCGAGUGCCAAGGAAUACCAUUUAGGCGACAAAAUGAAAGUCCUGGCGUAUGAGGGAAACAUUCUGUACCUUAGAGUUGACGGUAUCGUGAACGCUGCAAAUAAAAAAUUAAAUCACGGUGGAGGUGUUGCUUGUGCAAUAUCGGAAGCUGCGGACAUUCAACGGGAAUCGACCGAAUACGUCAAAAGGAAUGGAAAAGUUCCGGUCGGCACCUCAUGUCAUACUUCAGCAGGCAAUCUAAAACAUUACAAGUACAUCAUUCACACUGUGGGGCCACGCUGGGAUGGGAAAAAUCAGUCUUCAUGCGAACAGCAGCUACAGGAUGCCAUAACCUCUUGUAUCCUGAAAGCUGAAGAACUACAGUUGGAAUCAGUGGCGAUACCAGCUAUCAGUGCAGGAAUAUUUUCAAUGCCAUCUGCAUUGUGUGUUCAGCAAUAUUGCUUAGGAGUCAAAAGAGCCUGGUCCAAGUUGAAGCAGCAACCGCGACACUUUUUGAAAGAAAUUCACUUUGUGGACAAGGAUGCUACGAUCUUGCUUGAAAUUCAAAAAGCAUUUGAUCACUCACUGGAAGGAUCAAACUUGGAUCCACCCGGACAUGCUGGUCAGCAGAUUCAAAAUGUACCCUACUUUGAUAAACAAGGAGCACGACCAAAAGAAUGUCCUUUGCACCCUUUCAAGGAGUUCAACAACAGAGGUGGUAUUGAUAAAACAACGUUCGUAUUAUCCCCUCAAGCCAGAGUGCAUGUAUACACGUGCGACAUUUUGGCAACUAGAGUCGACGCUGUUGUAUGUGGUCAAGAUAAAUUCCUGCAAUGCAAAAGCAAAAUAGCUGCUCGGAUCCAGAAAGGAGAACUUUCUGGUCAAGAUUUCAGCAGGAAAAUCGUGGAAAUAAAACAAAAGCAUAGGAAACAAUUCAAGGAAGGAGAAGUGUUCUGUAUACCAAUCCUCGGUUUCGACACUGAUAUGCUUCUCGUAACUAUUUGUCCUAGUAUGAUGGUAGGCGUGAAGCUUGCGGAUUGUAAAGAUGGAGUCAAGAAAUGUGUACAGAACAUUUUAAACAAAGCAAAUGAGAUGAAACUGCGCUCGAUUGCCCUGCCGGUGCUUGGUUCAGGCAACGACGUAAGCAAGACAGGAGUGAUUGCGAAAGUUAUCGUGGAGUCGAUUCUGAAGUUUUUCCUGAAUCCACAACCGGCUGGCAUCCUUAGCGAUAUACAUUUUGUCAAUCAUGAUCAAAUUGUCACAAAGGCUAUAGUAAAAAUGUUUGAUGAUCACGUGAGUGCCGAAAAUGCACGCAUUCGAAAAUCAAUUCAGCCUAAGGUUUAUCCAGGAAUGGCCCAGCGCGAAGGAUGCCUGCCAACACAUCGUCAAGUUGAUAGUGGGAGAGACUCGGCGGACCGUAACCUGCCUGAACCGCAAAGCUACAUCCGUUACCCGCACGAACAGGUGAGAUACCCGGGAGACCUUCCUGGUGACCGUUACCAGCCUGAACCGCAAAGCUACAUCCAUUACCCGCCCGAAAAGAUGAGAUACCCGGGAGACCAACCUGGUGACCGUUACCCGUCCAAACUGGAGAGAAAUCUAGAUGAAAGUGACCAACAUGAACAGAAGAGAGAUUAUGUUGGCCAAUACCAGUCUGAACAGGAAGAAGAUUUAAGCCAACAUAACCAGUCUGAGCUUGGUAAAAGCGAAAAGAAACCAGUGAUAUAUGAGGAUUGCGUGAUUUGUAUUGAUUCUGUGACUGGUGACAAUGUAAAAACACUUCCGAAAUGCAAUCACUCUUUUCACCCUGAAUGCAUUGAUGCCCAAUUCAAGUACAAGCCUGUCUGUCCGACAUGCGGUACUAUAUACGGAGUCGUUACUGGAAAUCAGCCUCGGAGUGGGACAAUGAAAAGUUUCCUUAGAGCAGGCUCUUUACCAGGCUUUGAAAAAUGCGAAAAACAUUUCCACAUCAGUUACAGCUUUCCAGAUGGUAUACAAGAGAGCGAACACCCAUAUCCAGGCAAGCCUUACAGAGGUACCAUGAGGACGGCAUAUCUCCCUAACAACAGCAAGGGUAAAGCAGUGCAUGAAAUGUUGAUGAUUGCCUUCAAAAGAAGACUGACCUUCACGAUAGGACACUCAAGGACGACUGGGGAGGAAAAUGUGGUCACUUGGAAUGACAUCCACCACAAAACUAACAAAACUGGCGGCCAACAACAAUUUGGCUACCCAGAUCCGGGGUACCUUGGGAGAGUGACGGACGAGUUAGCAGCAAAAGGAGUUACAGAGGCAGAUAUUAAGUAGAAACGAUUUGAACUGCUAGGAAGUGUAGUAGUGAUAGAUGAUUGUAAAUAACUGUUUCACCAUAGUUAACAAAGGGGUGUAUUGUUGAGUCGUGAGCAUAAUUUCAUUUCUGGUUUCUUGUAUUCUAUCAAAAAUCAAAGGGAAUAUCAUUGUAUGUAUAAAUUAAGGACCAUAAAAAAGAUAUCUGGUACAUGUUUUUGUUGUUAAUGAUGAUGUACAUAUUUUUUUUUUAAUUUCUUUGUUGCAAAUAUACGUGUACUGAACACUCGUUAAUCCGAUACAUUUUUAAUGUAUAUGUAUUGUACUUGCGGUGCCCCUCUGUCUGUCUUCAGACAGAAGUAUAUCAGUGCUUCUUUGUAAAGAUAUCAGUAUAAAGUGUAGCGUUAGGAAGUAUUUUCGUGUUAACACUUCAAUCUUAUUGUCAACACUUUUCCUCGGAGUUAUAACCCUUUUCGUUGAAAAGGAUAUAUAAAUAUGCCAUUUACUUUUCAGGUAUCAUGUUUUAAUGGUAUAUGAUUAUGAUUGUUUAUAUAAGGGCAUCAUUCUAAACCGUUGGAAAACUUUAUUCCAGAUUGGUACCUUUAUAAGGAGAUAUUUAUUUUAACACUAUCAAUUUGGAAUUAUUUCAAGAAAAGCAUAAUUUAUGAUUUUAGAAUACAAAGUGUUUCGACUUAAACCAUUUCAAGAUUCAAUUUCAAUUGCAACAGAUUUUAUUGACUUUAUAUAUGUCAAUUGGAUUGGAUAUCAGGCUGUGCUUUCCAAACUUAUUUCCAAACAUUACAUAUAUUCUGUCAUAACAAUCCAAUUAAACAGUGCAGGGGAGAUAACUCCAAUUUAGCUUGUGAAAUGAACAUUUUUCAACUUUUAUUAAAUCAUUUUCUGUUUAUGUUUUGGAUACUAACAAUUGAGAAACUUAUCAACAUGUACAUAUGUUGAUAACCCAUCCUACAUAAAAUCCAAGGGAUACAGGCCCAAAGGUCCCUUUGUAUAAACACA